UUAAUAAUAAUCAAUUCUAUUAAUUGCAUAAAAAUUACUUACUUACUGUUUGAAUUAAUGUCUGUUUUUUCAGAAGACAAAUUCAAGAUAACUAGGAGAGUACCAGCUCUGUAAAAUAUGAAGUCAAUAGAUCAUAUUACAAAAGUUUAUAUAAACAAUAAGCAGUACUAGCCCAUUUCGACGAAAGUUAAGAAAUAUUUAAAGCUAGCUGAGCACAUUCAAAGAAAUUCACAUAGUUCUGAAAGAAGGUUCCAAGUAAAGUUAAGAAAUGUUGGAGAUAGCAAUGAAAAUGACGAAGAUUAUUUCUUGUAUCCAAAAAAUAAAUAAAGUCUCAAGGAAAAUCAAUUAUAAAACAUAAAAAAUUUUAAAAGAAGCGUUGAGAAACAAUCAUCAUUGACAGAUGACACUUCUUAAUAAGGAAGAUAAAAAGCAUAAACAGCUUACUGUUUGAAUAGUAUUUCAAAUCAAGAAAGCUAUGACAGCUCUACCUUAAAGAGCUAUUAGACUAGCGAUGACAGUAAAUUUAAAUAAGAAGUAAGAAAUUCCCUCCCAAAUUCUCCUUUAUUAUAACCGACAGUAGUUUAGUCAAAUAUAAACAAGUAGAAAUUGAAGCUGGAGUCUUUCGAAAAUGAGUAACAGCAAGAAAAUCUUAAAUCAAACAAUACAAGCAAAGAUCAAUAAAACUCGUUGGAGGACUUCAAUAAAUACUAAUUGGUUGGUGUGCGUAAAAAUUUAAUGCUUCAAAGAGCUCAAUUAUAGAGGUUAGAUUAAUUUAAUAGAAAGGAUGAGUCAAACAACUUCAUUUAAGAGGAAGAAGAAGACGAUGAUGAUAUACUAUUUCAUGAGUCUUUUGAGAGAAAGAACCAGUAAAAGUAAAAAUAAGAGCUUGAAACUGGCCUGCCUUAGGAGAAUUGGAAUGAAUUAUCAAUAAUAAAGUCAAAGGGAAUUUAGUAGAAUAAAACUCCCCUUUCAUAAUUGAAUAUACAAAAAUUUAGCAGAAAUCAUAUUUCUAAUUCCUAAGCUGGUUCAAGAAACAGAGUAAAUUAAUCUAAUGAUUUAGCUAGUAUUUUGUAAGAAUUAGAUCAAGAAGAUUCUAAGCAUAAAAUAGUACUGCCAUAGAAUUUUACAUUUAAUAACAUAAAAAGAAAUACAGUAUUUAAAAAAUCAGCUAAACAAAACGAUUUAAUGAACAGCUUAAAACAAUUUAGACAAUCAAUUAGUCCUUAAACAGAAAAUACUCCAUAACCAAUAAGACAGCUUUCUUAAAAUUCGUUAGGCACAGCAAAUCUAUAAAAGGUAUAAAAACCAAAAGUUGUCAGCACCUUUUCACAAUCUUAAAAUUUAUUCAAUAUAAAACAAAGCAAUCUCAAAGUAAGGUCUUAAUAACAAGAUAUUAAUUACAUAAUGAAUUAAAACUUCCUUUAAGAUAUUAAAGACCUUAAAAAAAAGCUAUAAAAGCAAUCAUUUGUACUCAAGGCUUUAAAUAUUUGAAAAUAAAUAAGUUUAUUUAUUUUUGAGCAAGUAAUUCAUUCUGCUUUUAUAAUGGAAUAAAAAUAAUUAUAAUUGAAAACAUUUACAAAUUUAAAAAAUAGCAAAUAUUAAAUAAAUAAAUAAUUAAUUAAUUAAUAAUUUAUCUCUUACUAAACUUGUUAAGUAAAGGUGUAUCAAACAAAACCCGAA